GACGGUUUGACAGCUCGUCAGGCAAGUGAGCAGUCAGCGGAGGGAGGGAGGGCUUCCUGCAUAUAGUUUUGUUAUUUGGGUGGUUGGCCUGUUAAGACCGCUCCGUCAAUUUCAGUCCCAUCAUGACAUCCACCUUAGACGAAAACAACAAGGAAAAGAUGCGCUCUGUGUCUGUGGAUUUAAACAACGAUGCCUCUCUCCUCAUUGACAUUCCUGAUGCACUCUGUGAAAGGGACAAAGUCAAGUUUACUGUCCAUACGAAGACGACACUUAGCUCUUUCCAGAAGCCAGAGUUCUCCGUUCCCAGGCAGCAUGAAGACUUCAUCUGGCUACAUGACACUCUGGUUGAGACAGAGGACUACGCUGGCCUGAUAAUUCCCCCAGCACCCCCAAAGCCUGACUUUGAGAGCCCAAGAGAGAAGAUGCACAAACUGGGGGAAGGUGAAGCCACAAUGACCAAAGAAGAGUACGCUAAAAUGAAGCAGGAGCUGGAGGCUGAAUACCUGGCUGUGUUCAAGAAGACUGUCCAAGUGCACGAAAUCUUCCUGCAGAGAUUGUCCUCUCACCCCAUGUUAAGCAAAGACAGAAACUUCCAGAUUUUCUUAGAGUAUGACCAGGAUCUGACCGUGAGAAGAAAGAAUGCCAAGGAAAUGUUUGGGGGAUUCUUUAAAAACAUGGUGAAGUCAGCUGAUGAGGUCCUCAUCUCAGGAGUGAAGGAGGUUGAUGACUUUUUUGAGCAGGAGAAGACAUUCUUGCUUGACUACUACAGCAAGAUAAAAGAUUCCACUGCCAAAGCAGAGAAAAUGACCCGCGCACACAAAAAUAUUGCGGAUGAUUAUAUUCACAUCUCUGCCACACUGAACAGUAUCUCGACUGAUGAUGGUACAGCAAAUAAGAAACACCUGGAGAAAUUAUCCGACCUGUUUGAGAAGCUCAGAAAAGUUGAGGGAAGAGUAGCGUCUGACCAGGAGCUGAAACUGACGGAGCUGUUAAGAUACUACAUGAGGGAUAUCCAGGCUGCGAAGGACCUUUUAUACAGGCGGGCCCGGGCGUUAGCUGACUACGAGAACUCUAACAAGGCUUUAGAUAAAGCUCGACUGAAGAGCAAGGACAUUCCUCAGGCAGAGGAGCACCAGCAGCACUGCCUGCAGAAAUUUGACAAGCUUUCAGAGUCUGGGAAAAAAGAGCUCACUGGUUUCAAGGGCAGGCGUGUUGUGGCCUUCAGGAAGAACCUCAUAGAGAUGGCUGAGCUUGAAAUAAAACAUGCCAAGAACAAUGCGACUCUAUUGCAGGGAUGCAUUGACCUGCUCAAGAGCAACUGAAUUAUUUUUCUAGUGGUCCUGUCCUACCAUCACCAGGUGACCAGGCAUUACAAAUAGAAACCAGGCUUCCCUGGGGUCCCUGCAUGGACAGGAUUCAAGACUUAUCUCUGCUCCCACCCAGGGGUCUGAUGCCACUUUAAAAACCUGCACAAGACUGCAAGUGUCUCGUAAGCAGAAUGUCUUCAUGUUUACAGAGUCCCUGUCCUCAGGCCUGAGGUCCGUCCUUUCCCAUUAUUUAUGGAAGUUAAACUCGGUGUGCAUGCUGCCAUCAGCGAAUCAGCCUGCCACCAUUAAGGUCUUCCAUAUUUUUGCAGCACCACCAGAGGUGACUUCUCUUUUUUUGGGGGAUUAUUUCUACAUUUCUCAUUUUAACAUUAUGCACAUAGUAAAAGUCUUGCCUUUUUGAUUUUUGUCUCCAUUAAUUUGAACUCUUUCCUCCUCCCCCAUUUAAAUACCUUUUUAAAAAGGCUCAAUUUUUUUUUUGCAUAACGUUUUAUGAUUCAUAUGCUCAAGUUUUGGGGGCUUUUCUGUUCGUAAAAGGAACAAUUUUACAGAUGCAAAACUAGUGCCUGGAAAAAAGCAUCCUCAUGCUCAGCAUUCCUGGGCUCUGAGAUUAGAGUGCGACCAAAUCACCCCUUUAGAAGACAAGACCGAUCAUCAAGUGUUCAAAAAUAACUGCACUUCACCUCAGGAAUGGACAGUUGGAUUGGUCCAGAUAUUCUUGUUUGUAAGAAGUGGCCUCAGAUCCCACAGUUAUCAAAGACGCACAUUAGUAUUGCAAAUAUGGAUGAAUCGUAUUUCGGCAAGAGACUUCUUGGAGAAUGUCAAACCAGAGGCUAUUUUGAGCAUGAGCAUUUUCAUCUACACAUUUUCACGGGGCACCCGGGAUAUCCCUGUACUACAUGUAUUAUGUCCCCCAGCUUCUUCACCGCAACCAACUCUGCCUUUUCACUCUUUUCCUUUUCAGUGUGUAAUUAUUGUUUUUCCUUAUUUUUUUCUUUAAUUGUUAUUGACAGACUCUCGUGUAUCAGACCCAAUAUAUUUUACCAGAUCUUCUAAACAGUUGGUUUAUUUUAAACCGUUGUAAAAAAAUGCAUUAAAAAGAUGAAAAAUACUUUACAAUCAUUACCAGGGUCAGUGGAGUGUUAAAAUGCAUUUUAGUUUUAUAAGAAAUUGAAUGUAUUUCUAAUGGAUUCCAACUGUGUGAAUACCUUUACAUGAUGCUUUUCCUACAGAACAGCAUUUUAUAAAUUUGUAAUAACGGCAUUGAAUAAAUCCUUUCCCCCCAA